CAGCAGAGAGAGUCGAUCGCGUGUCUUCUUCACUGCAGUCGUCUUCCUCCUCCCAUAAACUUGGCCUGCUGGAGCUGCAGUGGUAGUGGUAGACUGGUAGGUAGGGUAGAUGGGGAGACUACUACGCUGCUCUUCUUUUCGCUCCGUCUCCUCCUCCUCCUCCCUCCACUUCCGCCGCCUCGUUCUGGCCUGGUGCGUCGUGGCGGCGAGUUUGCAGGCGGCCACGGCGCAGCAGGUGCGCGUGGGCGUGAUCCUGAACCUGGCGUCGCCGGUCGCGCAGCGGCGGAAGGUCGGCAUUAAGAUGGCCCUGGAGGACUACUACGCCGCGCACCAGGGAUCCAGGACCAGGGUCGUGCCGAGCUUCCGGGACUCCGGCGGGGAGGUCGUCGGCGCCGCGUCUGCCGCGGUGGACCUGAUCAAGAACCAGCAGGUGCAGGCGAUCAUCGGGCCGCAGUCGUCGGCGGAGACCGCGUUCGUGGCCAACCUCGGCACCAGCACGCACGUCCCCAUCCUCUCCUCCUCCGCCACCUCCCCGGAGCUCUCCCCGGCGCAGACACCCUUCUUUGUGCGCACCGCGGCCAACGACUCCUUCCAGGCCGCGCCGGUCGCCGCCGUCCUCGCCGCGUUCCGGUGGCACGCGGCGGUCGUCGUCUACGAGGACUCGCCCUACGGGUCCGGCAUCCUCCCUGCCCUCGCCGACGCGCUACAGGGCGUCGGCGCCAGGAUCAUGGAGCGCGCCGCCGUGCCGGUCGACGCCGACGACGGCCACAUCGACGCGGUGCUCUACCGCUUCAUGGCGAUGCCGACGCGCAUGUUCGUCGUGCACAUGAAACUCUUUCCCGCCGCGCGGCUGUUCCGACGGGCCAGGAAAGCCGGCAUGAUGACGAAGGACUACGCCUGGAUCGCCACGGACGGCGUCGGCAGCGCCGUGGACGCGCUGGGCGCCGACGACAUCGACGCCAUGGAGGGGGUUGUCAGCCUCAGGCCGUACGUGCAGAUGACGGAACAGGUAAGGAACUUCUCGGCGAGGUUCAGGGCGAGGCUCCGGUGGGAGAGCCCGAGCGCCGACAUCUACGCCCACGACCCGACCAUUUCGAUGCUCUGGUCGUACGACACGGCGUGGGCGGUCGCGGCGGUGGCGGAGGCCGCCGGUGUCUCCAGCCCGGCGUUCCAGUCACCGCAUAGGAGCACGGUGACGGACCUGGACCGGCUCGGCGUGUCGGCCACCGGAGCAGCGCUUCUCAAGGCGGUGCACGAGACGACGUUCCACGGGCUCGCAGGCAACUUCAAGCUCGUCGACGGGCAGCUGCAGCCCCCGGCCUAUGAGGUCAUCAACAUCAUCGGGAAAGGCGCGAGGUCGGUGGGGUUCUGGACGCCGGAGGCCGGGAUCUCGCAGGCUCUCCACCCCAACGCCGCCAAAGGUCUGAAGCUUAGUACUGUUUGGCCUGGUGAUGCGACGUCGCCGCCCAAAGGAUGGGUCGUGUCGCCGAACGGACAGAAGCUUCGCGUCGCCGUGCCGGUGAAGCGAGGGUUCAAGCAGUUCGUCGACGUCGGCAAUGAGUCGACCACCGGACACCAGGCAAACGUCACAGGCUACUGCAUCGAGGUGUUCGACGCCGUCAUGCGCAAGAUGCCAUAUCCGGUGGGCUACGAGUACGUUCCGAUCCCCAACAGCUCGGAAUCGUACGACAAAUUCGUGUCCCUGCUUCCAGAACAGAGAGCGGACAUCAUCGUCGGCGACGUGACGAUCACGGCGAGCCGGAUGGCGAAGGUGGACUUCAGCAUGCCGUUCUCGGACUCGGGGUGGUCGAUGGUGGUGGCGGUGCGCGCGGAGACGAGCACGAGCAUGUGGAUCUUCCUGCAGCCGCUCACCACCAGCCUCUGGCUCGCCAGCUUCGCUUUCUUCUGCUUCACCGGCUUCGUCGUCUGGGCUAUCGAGCACCGGAUCAACCCCGAGUUCCGAGGCACGCCAUGGCAGCAGUUCGGCCUCAUCUUCUACUUCUCCUUCUCCACCCUCGUCUUCGCGCACAAGGAGAAGCUGGAGAGCAACCUGUCCAGGUUCGUGGUGAUCAUAUGGGUUUUCGUCGUCCUGAUCCUGACGUCGAGCUACACGGCGAGCCUGACGUCGAUGCUGACGAUCCAGAAGCUCCAGCCGACGGUGACCGACGUCAGGGAGCUCCAGCGGAGCGGCUAUCACAUUGGGCACCAGGAGGGUACCUUCAUCGUGGCCUCUCUCCAAAAGCUCGGCUUCGACAAGGCCAGGAUGAAGAGCUACAGCACCGCGGAGGAGUACGCCGACGCGCUGUCCAGGGGCCCGGCCAACGGCGGCGUCGCCGCCGUGUUCGACGAGAUCCCCUACCUGAAGCUCUUCCUGUCCCAGUACUGCGACGGCUACGCCAUGGUCGGCCCGGUCUACAAGACCGACGGCUUCGGGUUCGUGUUCCCGCUGGGGAGCCCGCUGACGCCGGACGUGUCGCGGGUGGUGCUGACGCUGGCGGAGGGGGAGGAGAUGGCGCAGAUCGAGAAAAAGUGGUUCGGCGAGCCCGGCGCGUGCCCGAGCCAGGGCAGCGGCGCCGCCGCCGUCGGCUCGUCGAACCUCAGCUUCCGGAGCUUCGGCGGGCUGUUCCUCAUCACCGGCGUGGUGUCCGGCCUCACGCUCCUCAUCUACCUCGCCACCUUCGUCUACCACGAGCGCGGCGAGGUCCGGGCGGCGGAGGACGAGGGAUCCGGGAGCUCGUCGGUGCGGCGGCUCCGCGCGUGGCUGCGCCACUUCGACCAGAAGGACCUCAAGUGCCCCACGUUCAAGACGUGGAACGAGGAGUCCGUCCGGGACGGAAGCCAGAUGCAGAGAUGGGUCGAUGACACCGUGCGGAACGGCCGCGGCGGCGCCGACAGCGCGGUGCCGGCGGCGGGCGAGGAGGAAGCCAUCGGCAUGAGCCCCUUCAGCAUCUCCGCCGCCUCGGAGAUGAUCAACGCCGGCUCGUCGCCGGCGUCGGAGCUCGGGACCUCGUUCGAGCAGAGGAUGCAGGAGGCGCCACACUCUGCGGAGAUGACACACUCUGUGGAGAUGAUGCCUAGAUCAACGGCCUCGUAACUGUAAAUUUCUAGAUGUGGAUGCAGGGCAAUUGCUCCCUAAAUGGCAUGGCACGUCUGGUAGAAAACUCUGACCAGUCGGUCAGUAUGUCCAUAAAUAGUACUCCCUCCCUCGGUUGUUAAAUAUAUGAACGUUUAGAUAAGCAAAUUAGUUCAUUUUUGAACCAACUAGAUUAUCCUAAAUGUCAUGCAAAUUAGUUCA